ACUGGGGGUCUCUGUCACACUCCGAUGAGGGUUCAUGUCAGCAGGUAGCACAGCCUGUCUUUGGGGGACUGGUGGAUUACAGGAAGGGUUUUCUCAUCUGGAGAGCUGAAAGUUUGAACACACACAAGCACACACACACAGACAUACCCACACACACACACACACACAAAAGAAAACAUUUGAAAUGUCAACUGUGAAUGAGCCUGUGACGAUUACCAGAUCAGCCCGAUCUUCCAAAAGAAGCCAAAGUGUGAGGAAGAACUCGAGAAGAAUCUAUUCACAUUACCAAGACCAACAAGCCAGCAAUUCAGAUGAAGAUGACAAAGGUGAUGAAAGAACUGACAGCAAUGACCCCGAAGAAAUCUUCCAGAAUAUUCAGAUUCAGAAGGAGCUCAUCGCCAACAUUCGAACCCGAUUGUGGCCAAUGAGACAGAAACUCAAAGUGCUCAAACAAGCUAAAGAAAUUGUCCUGAAGUUCGAAGGCAGGCUGACCAGGACCAGAGGAUAUCAAGCUGCAGGAGCAGAAAUGCUGAAAAAGCUGUCACGCCUGGCAUAUAAUAUAGUCGUCCUUUUUAUUCCAUGGGAAAUGAGGAUCAAGAAGAUUGAGAGUCAUUUUGGUUCUGGAGUGGCUUCAUAUUUUAUCUUCCUGAGGUGGCUGUUUGGAAUCAACAUUGUAUUAACUGUAAUGACGGGAGCUUUUGUGGUAUUACCAGAACUGCUGGCAGGAGCGCCGUUUGGAACCACGAGCAGCAAGACCAUUCCAAAGGAGCACCUUGCAUCAGCACAAGACCUGGACACCAUCUGGUCACUGGGGGGCUAUCUCCAAUACUCUGUCCUGUUUUAUGGCUACUACGGCAAAGACAGGAAGAUUGGGAACGCUGGUUACCGGCUGCCCUUGGCCUACUUUAUGGUCGGGAUGGCUGUUUUUGCCUACAGCUUCAUCAUUCUGCUAAGAAAAAUGGCCAAAAACUCCAGAUUGAGUUUCGCCAGCGCCUCAGAUGAAAACUACACUUUCUGCUGGAGGGUGUUUUGUGCUUGGGACUACCUGAUAGGCAACCCCGAGGCUGCACAGAGCAAGGGAGCUGCUAUAGUGAACAACAUCCGGGAAGCUAUUUUAGAAGAACAAGAAAAGAAGAAAGACACGAGCCUGGCUGUGUUGAUAAGUUUAAGAAUCCUUGCGAACAUCCUGGUCCUUCUAUCACUUGCUGGCAGUAUUUACAUCAUCUACUUUGUCGUUGACCGUUCCCAGAAGCUCGAGCAAGAGAAGCCUGAGCUGACUCUGUGGGAAAAGAAUGAGGUCAGUGUGGUGGUCUCACUUAUCACCAUGAUUGCACCUUCUGCAUUUGAACUUGUUGCCCAACUGGAGAUGUACCACCCCAGAACUAUGCUGCAGUUCCAGCUUGCCAGGGUUCUUGUGUUGUAUCUGGGAAACCUGUACAGCUUAAUCAUUGCUUUGUUGGACAAAGUGAACAUCAUGAGUUCAGCUGAAAUUUACAGUAUUCCAAGCAACUGGUCAGAUUCUACUGCAUUCCUGGCCACCAUAGCACUCCCUGAAGAAGAGAACCUGUCCACCAUAGUGCCCGAUUUCACGGAAAGCAGGAACAGCACAAUGAGUGUAGUGUUUCAGGAAAACCAAACCAAGGGAAUCAUACCAGUAGCGUUCAACAAGACUGCUCUGUACGAAUACAACAUGAAGUCCCAGCAAAACCAGUGCUGGGAAACCUACGUAGGACAGGAAAUGUUGAAGCUUUCCAUUAUUGAUAUGUUAUUUACUGUGGCGAGUAUCCUCCUGAUUGAUUUUAUCCGUGGGCUUUUUGUUCGCUACUUCAGUGACUGCUGGUGUUGGGAUCUGGAGAGUAAGUUUCCCGAAUAUGGAGAAUUUAAAAUUGCUGAAAACGUUCUCCAUUUGAUUUACAACCAAGGGAUGAUAUGGAUGGGCGCCUUCUUUUCGCCAUGCCUUCCAGCGGUCAAUGUUCUCAAGCUGAUAGGGCUCAUGUACUUGAGGAGCUGGGCAGUGUUAACGUGCAACGUUCCACAUCAGCAGGUCUUCAGAGCCUCAAGAUCCAAUAAUUUCUACCUUACAAUGCUUUUGUUUAUGCUGUUCUUGUGUAUGCUACCAACGAUUUUUGCUAUCGCUAGAUACAGACCAUCAGCAACAUGUGGACCUUUCAGUGGCCAGGAAAAGAUUUACGAUAUUAUUUCAGAGACCGUUGCAAGCGAUUUCCCUUUAUGGUUCAGGACUGUGAUGGAUUACGUCACCAGCCCUGUUGUUGUCCUUCCAGCUCUGUUACUUCUCUUCAUGCUGAUCUAUUAUCUUCAGUCUAUUGCACGAUCAUUAAAGGUCACCAACAAUCAGCUGAGAACGCAACUUCAAACAGAAAGAACGGAGGACAAGAAAAAGGUUUAUCAGAUGGCAGUGUCGAGAAUAAUAACUCAUGAAGCAAAUGAUAAAAAGCCAGACCAAGAGAGUGACAUCACCAGCCAGGAGUCCUCUCUCCGUUCCUCGUCUCCCAGACGAAAUGGCAGCGUGAUGAAUUUCGAAUCACCAGUGAGCAGAGGCAACAGCAUUUGCACCAUCUCACAGUCUGCAUCGCGCUCUGAUGUGAGCAGGGCAACCACAGCAUCUCAAAUCCCACCAGUUCCCAUUUUACAGAAACACAGGAUGGAACACAUUCCUAACAGGCAUCCUGGAGCUUUUCAAGGUGGAGCCUGCAGAUCAAAAUCCUACCACAGCAUAGUCUACAACCCUUCAAGCAGGUUUACAGAGAAUGCCCACUCGGACCCUCUUUUCAGGAAGAAUAUCCGUCCCAUGCACCCAGAAGCCAUGGGAGGAGGAGGGGCCCAGGGUUUCAUCAACCGGAGAGCACAAAACACUCGCUAUGUGAUAGUCAAUGAGCAUGAAGCCAGAAAGAAACUGCUGCGCUCAUCUACCAGAAUCUUGAGGCACUACAGGGUUGAGGAGCCAGGAGACAUAGUGGAGUUUUAUCCGAAGAAUAUAAAAAGGUACACCGUUCGAACUCCCCAAAGGUCAUACCAACCUCACGUCAGUGAAGAGGAAGAAGAGGAGGAGGAGGAGGAGGAGGCAGGAGGAAUGCGAAGAGGCUCUUUAAGCAGAUCCCAUCGACCUCACUCCCUGUCAGACCUCUAUCAACCCGCGUGUUUUUACAUCGGUGACAGUGUAGGCAGCCAGCUAGCCAUCACCAAAGACCUGGCUAAGGUUCACUAUGGAGCCUACGGAGAUAACUGCGAAAUGGAUUGGGAAGACACAGCUUCCCAGCCUCGUUCCAGAACAAAAAUCAGGAGCAUGGAGCAAGUGGAGCGUCACCCGGAGCCGCAUGUCAAACCCAAAAGGAAGCAGAAGGUUGAACCGUCCUUAACCGAGUCGGACUCUGCAUCCAUCGCGUCGAGCAGCGAUCAGCAAAACAGCAGCACUGACCAGUACAUUCAGGUCAUUCAUAACAAAGAGAAAUACUUGAAACCCAGCGGCAAGCUUACGAAAAAGAAAGCAAAGACCAGUGUAGACUUAAACGGUUCAGGAUCAAGCGAACUGAUUUGUUCCAAUGUCUAAAAGUGUAAUUUGUGAAGCUGUACCAUAUUACUUUUCUUGCGCUAACUGUUUUGAUUGACAAAUGUUAAAGCCUGUUUUGUAUUUAAAUCUCCUUUGACGAAUUGUAUGGUAUGUAUGUCAACGCUAACUUAUUUCUGAUGUUUGACAAUAAAGUCACAGAAGAGAUUGACUGCCCACAGAGCUGAAGACUCUACAUGCAGCAUAAGUUGUUUUGUCAGCAAAUCUGUUGUGUGUGCUGGUCAUAUGCCAGGCUUCUGUUUCUUUGACUGUUACUGAGUCUGCAUCAUUUUUCUGUUGGAUUGCAAAUAAACAAUAUUGAAGCAA